AUGCCAUUAACGGAGGUGCGGGGCAAAUACAGGGAUGAUUUCCUUGGGGAUGGAAAUGAACAUCAUGAUUCUACAGAUGAACAUCUACCAAAGACGAAAAGAACUUCAGGCAAAAGGGGCAGAACACAGAAAAGACACAUUAACAGAUCAAUGGCUAGAAACAGAGAUGGGGAUGAGCAAAGCAUGAAAAGACGGAAAACUGAUGGCGAUGCUAAUAACUUGGAAAUUGAUACCAGUGAUGAUGAGGAAGCAGAAAAUCUUGAAAUAGAAAACGAGAGCGAAGAUGAGGAUGAGGAGAACUCUGAUUCCAACGCUUAUGGAUUUCUCAUUAAGAACCUUAAGGAAGAAUAUGGUGAUGAUGAGGAUGAAAAUAAUAUUGGAGAGGAGGAUGACGAGGAACCAGAUAUUUUAAAUGAGAAAGGUUCUGCGGAGGAAGACAUGAUCGAAGAAAACGGGGAUGAAAGUGAUGCAGAUGCAGAUGAGGAUGAAGAUCAAGAGGAAGAGGAGGAGGAAGAGGAGGAAGAUAAUUUGUCCGAUGGAGAUAAUACAGACACUCAUUUUGAUGCUCUGGACAAACAUUUUAAUGAAGAAGAUAAGAUUGAUAAGUUAGUUUCUUCGUAUGAAGCAAGGAUAAAGAAGGAGGGGUCAAGGGGAUUUUUGGGGGUCAGUGAGAGAUGUAAUUUUAGGGAGGAUGGAUAUGUAAAGGUGGACAUGCAAUAUCAAGGGUUAGAUUAUGACUAUAAGGCUCCUGAGGCGGAAAAACAUGACUUAAAAAGCCUUCUUGCACACUAUAAUGUUCGUAAAAACAUACAGGAAGGAUUUCUGAGUGCUAAACAUACUGAUUUGGAAGUUAGCUUGAUUGAUUCCCUAUUGAAAUAUCAAAAUGUGCAACUACACUAUUAUCACUCUUCUGACAUUCGCAAGAACUAUCAGAAAUACUAUUUACUUCAUUGCCUCAAUCAUAUUUUAAAGACACGAAAUCGGGUUUUAAGCAAUAAUCAAAAGAAGAAAAAGAUCAUGGAGCAGAUAGAUAAGGAGCAGAUAGAUCCAUCAGAAGCCGACAAGCCACAAUUUCGUGAUCAGGGCUAUACUCGUCCAAGAGUUCUCAUCUUACUUCCUACGCGAAAUGCAGCAUGGGAGGUUGUGAAUAAAUUGGUCAAUCUCUCAGGUAUUGAGACGGUAGAAAGUAAAAAGAGGUUCAGAGAACAAUUCUAUGACAGUUUUGGACGGGGAAAUACACCGAGUGAAUUGAGCUACAGGAAGAAACCAACAGAUUUUCGGGAGAUGUUUAAGGGAAACUCGAAUGAUUACUUCUGUCUUGGUGUUAAGUUAACGCGAAAGAGCAUCAGACUUUAUGCAAAAUUGGACCAGUCCGAUAUUAUUGUUGCAUCGCCCCUCGGUCUCAAAAUGAUAUAUGAGAAAUCGGCUAAUUCCAAAGGGCGAAAAAGAGGUCGGAAGGAAGACACAGAGUUUCUCAGUUCGAUCGAAAUAUCCGUGUUGGAUAAGUGCGAGGGAUUGCUCAUGCAGAACUGGGAGCACGUGACUGAAAUCCUUGAGAAGAGAUUGAAUGCUCCCGCAAAGAAUUUUGAGGAAUUCAAGGUCGACUUCAGUAGGGUUCGGAUGUGGGCAAUUAAUGAUCAAUACAAAUUUGUCACUCAAAUGCUUGUAUUUGGAAAAUACGGCACUCCAGAACUUAAUAGUACAAUCAUGAAUAGUAAGAUGUCAUCGAACUUACAAUCAGGCGCUGUUAUAUACAAGCCUUCGAUUGGUAGGGGAAAUUGCGUUAUUGACAAUUUCAAAGAGAAAUUGGCGAGAGUUGGAAUCAUAGGGAGGUACACUAAAUUGAACCAAGCAUUUAUGAGAUUUGAUACAAAUUCGAUUGUUUCCGAACCAGACAAGAGAUUUGAAUAUUUUAAGAAUGUCAUGCUACCUCAGAUCAUCAAUAAGGCGUCUUAUGAUUUUGGAACGUUAAUAUAUGUUCCAAACUAUAUUGACUACUUAAGGUUGACAAACUAUUUAAGAAAUGAGUCAAGCAUUUCUUUUGUAUCAAUAGAUGAAUACUCCAGUCAAAGUAAAGUUACCAGAAACAGAGCUAAAUUUGCAGACGCUCGAAAUGAUGCGAGAGUUAUGGUGAUGACCGAAAGGCUUCAUUUUUACAAGAGAUAUUCGAUUAAGGGUGUUCGAAACGUGAUUUUCUACGAUAUACCGACUGACCCGGAUUUCUACUCACAGAUUUUACAAUUUGUAGUUGAUGAAAAGAUCAGAGUUGAAGUUUCGGUUGAUGGUAACGAUGAGGAAGAAGAAGAAGAAGAAGAGGGGGAGGAGGAAGAUGGGGAUGAAGAAGAAGAAGAGGAAGAGGAGCCCCAAGAUGGAAAUGACUAUCAGGUGGAGAUGGACUUAAAUUUGUGCAUGAUACGUGCCAUGUUUAGUAAGUUUGAUUUGAUGAGACUUGAGAAAGUUGUUGGACUAAGGAAUGCAGCUCGCUUAUGCAACGAGGAUAGUGAAGUGAAUGUGUUCAAUUGA